UAGAAGAAGCCGAAAAAAGUUUACUUCCUGUGUGUCACUUCCUUGUUGUAUUUAAAUAUAUAUAUUUUUUUAUAUAUAGAGGAUAACAUUAUUUUCAUAUCCUUAUGUUUCAGCCCUGAACAAUGCCAGUGAGGUUGUCCCGGCAGAUACGUUUAGGUUCGCGUAACUUCAAUUAGGGUUAUUCUGGAAACAUUUUAGAAAUUCUCUUAUCUGUGUUUACAUUUUAGUUGCUAGCUAUCUAGCUAGCCGGCUAAAUAUGCCUAGACAUUGUUCAGCUUUUAACUGUAGGAAUACAUUUAAAAAUGUUAAACAGAACACGAAAAAGGUGACCUUUCACAGGUAAGGCUUGUAAAAUGUGCAUACAUUUGGCUUUACUUCGAAUUAGUGAUAGUUUGUGGCAAGUUUGACGGUUAACAUCUAGCUAAAGUAGCUACCUAUUGAGACGUAUUUGGAAAGUUAGUAUAAUGCUUUUAUAUAGUUUCUAUGGUUUAACUUGGUGAUACACCUAUUCAAAUACGUUCUAAGAACACACGUUUGUGUUUAAAAAAGGUUGCUAUGAAAGCGUACUAAUAGUGUACCAUAUAGACAUAAUAAAGAGUAGACGCCGCAUUGGCUGCUGGGCGCGAGAAAUACGGCCGCCAUCUUGGACCGGUUAUAGUCUUAGUUCCGUAGCAGCAGAAGCCACGAUGCCAGAGCACUGUUCAGCAUAUUCCUGCUCAAAUCGGAGGACCAUCGAAAGCAGGGCUCGGGGGAUUACUUUUCACAAAUUUCCAAAGCGUGAUCCUAAACGAUUAAAAGAGUGGUUGCGUCAGAUGAAAUGGAAAGACUGGCUGCCGACCCCUCAUUCCUUACUGUGUUCAGAGCAUUUUGAGGAGAGGUUUAUGGACAGAACAGGUCAGACCGUGCGGUUACGUGAUGACGCCAUACCAACCAUCUUUGCCUUCCCUAAUCACCUACAGAAAAAGAAAACUGCGGGAAGGAGGAAAAGGGUAACCUUGGUCCCUGAGGUUUCUGUUUGCAAUGAGUCAACAGAAUGGAAGACGUCUCCACCUAAUUACUGCAACCGCGGUAUAUGGCACCCUAGUAAUUUCCAUGAUGACUACUGUGUACCCAAGAGUAUUGACUGGGCUGUGAAAGAUGCGCCUGAAGAAAUCCCAUCUGCAUUUUUGGAAAAGCAACGGCUAACAUACAUUCCCAAGCUUGUAAUUAAGGUCAAGGAGAAAUGGGAAUGGCUGAUGAUGGAAGUGAAGGGCCCAUUUCCAGAGACCAAGGGUAGACACAAGUUUGUGCUUACUGUGAUGGACUACUAUUCAAAAUGGGUGGAAGCCUACCCCAUGCAAACCAAUGGCAGUAAAGAGAUUGCCAAAAUCAUUUCUGACCUCAUCUCUCGCUUUGGUUUUCCUGUUGGGAUCCUGUCUUGUUUGACUCGAACACACAUUUUGGAGAUCAACUCUGCCUUGGUUGAUCUGAAUAAAUUGACAGGCCAACUGAUAUUCAGCCAUCCUCUGGGAGUGUCACUGGAUCCACUAACAAAGUCCUCCAUACACCGGCUGGUGUCAGAUUUGGUGAGGGACCACCCAGAUCGCUGGGACGUUCACCUGGCUGCCAGUGUGUUCAGCUUCUGCUGCCAGGAGCACCCAACCACCAGACAAACACCUCUCUCUCUGCUGCGCUGUGGGGGGACUCCGUCUGUCCCUAGCUCGCCAAGAACGCCGCCCGACAAUGGGAUAAAAGGAAAGACAUUUGUGAUUCUAGAUGCCCAGCCGCCCCAAAGGGUGGUCCGUGUGGAGUGCAGUCAGUGCAAUCAGUGGAUCUUGCUAAGCCAGGACUUGGAGCUGAAGAGAUAUGAAGACAUGAAGCUAGGGGAUGAGGACUACACACACACCUGUGUCAGCUGCAGGGUGGCUAUGAGCUGCAGGGUAGCCCUGGAGGUCAUGAGGGCUUAGCAGACAAAAUUCUUGAAGAUAAAAAAAAUAUGGACAUCAAGGAGUCAAAAGAGAGACAAAACCUAAAUUGUACUACUUUGUGAUAGUGUUAUGUUUUCCACAUAAAGUCCUUUUCAUAAAAACACAGGUAUUCUAUUUCUAGUUGUAACCCAAUUGGAGCAAAAAGAUCCCAGCAGCAGCUGAAAAUGAAAUCUAAGAAGAUCUUACGAGCAAUUGAAUUAUUAGUUAGGAAAAAUCACAAAGCAGUAUUACAGAGUUUGUGUAAUAGUCAAAACAAAUCUGUGCGGGGUUACAUUUGUUCAUUUACAGGUGGGACAGAUAAAUGAUGGAGAUGAUGACUGGGUGGGGAAAUGAUGAAGCUCAAAAAUAGAAUCUAUUCAAGUUCCAAUAAUGUGUUUCUUUGUUAUACAUGGCCACAUUACCUGCUUCAAUGUCAAUUGUAUUUCCUGUAUAUAACAAUCUGAUUGGUCGGUGAGCUAUGUGUUUCAUUCACUUGGACAGGAUAAGAUUCACUUGACCAAGUGAGUAGCAGGUUUUGUUCAGAAAAGGAAUUUGUUGCUAUGGUUUCUGAUCAGGCUACACUUCCCGGUUAUUAUUUUUCUUUUCUUUCCGGAACCAAAAGUUCUGGUUUACAGACUUCACAAAUUUAAUAAUCCAGCUUUCAAAGAAUACCCCUAAGGACAUGAAAAUGUUGAAUGCAUACUAGAAAGUGGGUGUAUACUACCGCAAUGACUGUAUUUUAGUUAAUCUAUUUUAGUUGGUGCAGACAUGUAGAAUUGUUUUUUUCUUUGACAUUAAAUAUUUUUUGUGAAGAUAA